AUGGCUAGUAAGCAGGCACUAAAGCGGUUAACCAAGGAAUACAAACUCCUUGUAGAAAAUCCGCCUCCUUAUAUAUCUGCUAGACCAAAUGAAGAUAACAUACUAGAAUGGCAUUACGUCAUCACUGGUCCAUCUGACACACCCUAUGAAGGUGGCCAAUAUCAUGGGACUUUGACGUUCCCGUCUGAUUAUCCUUAUAAGCCACCUGCUAUCCGUAUGAUUACUCCAAAUGGUAGAUUUAAAGAAAAUACUAGAUUAUGCCUUUCUAUGAGUGAUUAUCAUCCAGAUUUGUGGAACCCUAGUUGGUCUGUGGCAACUAUCUUGACAGGUCUAUUAAGUUUCAUGACAGGUGACGAAGGGACUACGGGUUCUAUUAGUACAACAGAAGUACAAAAGAAAAUAUUGGCUAAGAGAUCAGUAGAAUAUAACACACAUUCAAAUAGAAGAUUCAAAACUGUGUUUCCAGAGUUGAUUGAAGAAAAUUUAAAGGUUUUGGAGAAAAGAAAUAAUGAGAAAUCAAAAGAUGGUGAUAUUGAAGCUAUUGCUGCUGCCAGAGGUGUUGAUCCUCUUAUUCAAGCAUCUAAGGAAAAGGUUAUCAAUAUAACAGAUAUUGAGGAUCCAGAGGAUCGUAUCCGUGCAGAAGAAGCUUUGCGUGAACAAAAUGAUAAGAAUGCAAGAAAGGAUCAACAAUCACCAUCGAUAUAUUAUAUUGGUUUUGCCUUAUUAAUUGUUUUGUUCGGUAUUUUUAUGAAAUAA